GUUCCGGCUCCGGCUCGGGCUCCGGCUCGCGCCCCGGCUCCAGCCCGACUCCGCAGGCGCGUUUCCGGAGCUGCUAUGGGGCCGAUGGACUUGGGGCUGGUGGACUGUCACUGUCAUCUCUCCGCCCCGGACUUUGACAGCGAUCUGGAUGAUGUAUUGGAGAAAGCCAAGAAAGCCAACAUCAUGGCUCUUGUGGUAGUUGCUGAACAUUCAGGAGAAUUUGAAAAGAUUAUACAACUUUCCGAAAGGUACAGUGGGUUCAUCCUGCCAUGUUUGGGUGUUCACCCAGUUCAAGGUCUUUCACCAGAAGACCAAAGAGGUGUCACAUUAGAGGAUCUGGACGUAGCUUUACCUAUUAUCGAGAAUUAUAAGGAUCGGUUGUUGGCAAUUGGAGAGGUUGGACUAGAUUUCUCCCCCAGAUUUGCUGGCACUCAAGAAGAGAAGGAAGAGCAAAGACAAGUUUUAAUCAGACAGGUCCAGUUAGCCAAAAGACUAAACUUGCCUUUAAAUGUCCACUCACGCUCAGCGGGAAGACCUACCAUCAGCCUCCUACAGGAACAAGGUGCUGACAAGGUGCUGCUGCAUGCGUUUGAUGGUCGUCCAUCCAUAGCCAUGGAAGGAGUAAGAGCUGGAUUCUUCUUCUCAAUCCCACCUUCCAUCAUAAGAAGCGGACAGAAGCAGAAACUUGUGAAACAGUUGCCUUUAACUUCUAUCUGCUUAGAAACAGAUUCUCCUGCACUAGGACCAGAAAAACAAACACGGAACGAGCCCUCCAACAUUUCUGUUUCUGCGGAGUAUAUUGCCCAAGUGAAAGGGAUCUCGGUGGAAGAAGUUAUACAAGUGACAACACAAAAUGCCUUGAAACUGUUUCCCAAACUGCGACAUCUGCUCCAGAAAUAGCAGCAAAACCACCCAUUGCAGGACAACAGUAGGGGGCAGAAUUUGAAAAAAAAGGAAAGGUAGAUUAUAAAUCUGUUUUGAAGAAGCCUAUAGAGAUACCAACUAUAGUUUCAGAUAAAUUAUCUUAGAAACAGGUCAACUGAAACCUUAA